AAUAAUAUAUGAGAAAGAAAAAAAGAGGAAAAUGGAACCGUACGCAAAACGCUAAGUUGAAGAUCGGUGACAUUCUUCUACAAUAGAAGGGUAUAAAAUUCAGAUUGGUGCUCGGUGAAAGAGGAAGCCAAAAAGACGCACACCACAAUGGUGGCAACUCCAACUGAGGACAUGGGCGGUGAUCACACGAAUACGUCGUGGAGCUCCUCAACCAACUGGACCAUCUCUCUUGGCUCUCUCCAAACUUGCAUCACCUUCGAAUCCUCUAUUUACUCUGAAUCCACUCAGAUAUCUCCUCUUAUCCUCGACGGACCUUCACCGGAUUUUGCCCCCUGCGAAAUCAAGUUAUGCUUUAUGCAAAAGCAUGAAAUAAGGCAGGUCUAUGUUCGGAGUACUGCUCGUGUUUAUGAGAUAUACUAUGCACCUACUCUGCAGAGCGACGAUGAGUAUCUAUGUACCGUCCGCUGUAACAUAGCUGAAAGAGAUGGAGAAUUUCUCCAAGCUAGUGGGAUUGACAUAGUUACCCAGCAAUAUUUGAAGGAUUUUGUAGGAAAACCAACAGACGGUAGAGUCCCAGCUGAAGCCAAACUUUGCACCAACGACGAUGACUGGGUCGACGUUAAGGUCCCUGAUUCUCCUUUCAUUGGGAACGUGGUAAGCAGCCUGCAAAAGCACACAACAGGGAAUGAACGGAGAAGUAUUGAGGAUUUGUACGAGGCCACAGCACAAAUUAGUGAUGCAGAUCCCUGCAUGUCACUGACAAUUCGCUUUUUAUCUCUUCAGAAUAAAGGUUCUGUAUGCAUUGACGAAAUUUACAUAUGCGGUGACCCUAUUGACUCUAAUGAGGUUGAGACCCCAGCAGUUCUUAUGGAAAACCAAGCUAGUUCUUUCAUGGCCAUGCUUGUUCCUACCCUUCUGCAACUAUCUAAAUCAGGCAUAAGCCAUAAGCAGGACAAAGAUGUUAUUGAUAGUCAAAGAAAGGAAAAUGAAGUGAGAAUUGCAGCAAGGAUAUCUGAUUUUGCUGAUGCCAGGAAAGAAAAUGACCAGAAAAAGAGGAUGAGUGCUAAUCAUAUAGUGCAGUUGGACGUCACUGAGAAGCCUAUAGACGAACAACCUAAUUCACAGCCUCUGACACACCAGAACUUAAGCAGAGAGAACCGCAAUAUCUCCACCAUGAAUAAUGAUGCAUCACAAGCUCGUAUUGAAAGAGCCAUUGAACAACUUCUUGAGCGAGUGAGCAGAAUUGAAAAUAUUUGCUUGAAAUUUGAAGAAAACAUGGUUAGUCCAAUGAACAGCAUGGAAAUGAGACUUCAACGGCUGGAGCAGCAAGUAGAAGCUCUAGCAAAAAACUCCCGAUAUUCUGAAGUCACGUCCUGCACAAGAAUAACAGCUCCUUCAUUUACCUGCAGUGAUUCCAAUUCUAGCUCUUCGUAUAAUGGUGGAAGUGAAUAUCGGCCUUGUGGGGCAUCAGAACUGGAGAAGAAGGAUCUCCCGUGCGAUAAGUUGUCCGACCCUUCUGAUGACCUGCCUGUUUGUUCAAAUCCUUCACAUAUUCUUCCAAAUCUUGUGAUUCUUGCCCCUGAGUUUUCAUGCGGAGAGGAUGAAGAAGAAAAUGAUACUGUUGAAUCAGUAAAGGUUUCUUCUCAAGAGAUGCAGAAGCAAGUUUUGUCUAUUGAUGAUGCUUUAGCUGCAGCACUUUCUGGAUUUCUGUCCACAUCCCAUGUUCUUCUACCAGAUAAUGGGACUUCGGAAGUUAUUGCUUCUGGAUCUGCUAGUGAGGUAGUAAAUGAGAAGAAUGAGUUUUCACGAUCUGCUCACAGUGAUUCAGUUAUCGCUCAUGACUGUACUUUGGAGGGAAAUGACAAUGACAGACCUUCAAAGUAUACUCAAAUUCUAGCAGUUGCAGCUCCUGACUUCACCGAGGAGGAGUACGAAUUUGAGAAUGCAAAUUUCAUCAUAGCUUCUUCUGCAGCAGCUCCUGAACUUGCAAGUGAAGAAAAUGGAAAUAUUGAAAUAGCUUCUCCAAGCACUGGAAGUCAGGACCCUGGAGGCUUCCUUGAUCUUAAUAAAAGCAAGAGCAUGCGUAAUGCAAGUUCAACUGUUGCUUCUGAGCCAUAUGAAGAGCAGGAGAAAUUUCUCCAUGAAAAUGUGCACCUUAAAGAAACUUCUGGAAUAAUUGGUUCAAAAAAUCAUCUUUAUGCAGAAGAAAGUGUCUGCAGAUCGCAGGAUCCCACUGCUUGUCCUUCAGAUCAAGAUGAUGAGGUUGCAGAGACUAAAGUAAGAGAUUCUACCAGUGAGCCACAGAUGAAUUCUUGUAAUCUAGAAAAUGCUGCUGAAUCUGAAGAACAUGAUGCUUCAAAAGGUUACCACAUGGUCGCUAUGCAAAAUGUUUGUGAAUAUUCAAGGUCUUCUGCUCUGGACUUUGACAUCCCUAUCUUAGAUGUGAAGUUUGCAGCCAAUGAAGAUGGUGAUACCAAGUUCUCACUAGAAGUUCUUUUAGCUGACAUGGCUAAUGUUUAUGUUGAAGCUCCUUCUCUUGAUGAAAACGCUGAUAAUGCUGUCACUUGUGAGGGGAGUAUAUCCACUUUUAUGGAUGAUGAAGAGCCGCUGAAGUCUUCUACAGGCGAUACCAACCCACUGGUGGAUUUUGGAUUUCAUGCUGCAGAUGCAUUCAGUAAUUUGGAUGGUAAUCCAAGUAUAUCCAGCAACCAGGAGGUGUUUAUCGGUCUCAUCUGAGGCCUACUUUUAGAAGUGUAUAUACGUAAAUGGAACUGGUUUGUGUCUGAUUUUUCUCUCUUCAGUUUUGGUAUUCUAUAUGAUCAAGGAGCAAACGUUUGUUCUUCUUUUGUUCCA